GCCGAUCGAUCAGCCUCGCCGUUACGAUGAAGCUGAACAUCGCGUGCCCGUCGACGGGGGCCCAGAAGUUCCUCGAGAUCGAUGACGAGAAGAAGCUGCGCGCGCUCUACGACCGCCGCAUCUCGCAGGAGGUCGACGGCGAGGCGCUCGGCGAGGAAUUCGCGGGCUACGUCUUCCGCAUCACGGGCGGCAACGACAAGCAGGGCUUCCCCAUGAAGCAGGGCGUGCUCUGCAACCACCGCGUGCGCCUGCUCCUCCGCGCCGGCGCGUCGUGCUACCGGCAGCGCCGCGCGGGCGAGCGCAAGCGCAAGUCGGUCCGCGGCUGCAUCGUCGGCGCGGACCUCGCGGUGCUCAAUUUGGUCGUCGUCAAGCAGGGCGACGCCGACAUCGAGGGCCUCACGGACACGCCCGUCGCCGUGCGCCUCGGCCCCAAGCGCGCGAACAAGAUCCGCAAGCUCUUUGCGCUCACCAAGGACGACGACGUCCGCAAGUACGUCAUCGCGCGCAAGUUCGAGAACAAGAAGGGCAAGUCCGUCACCAAGGCGCCCAAGAUCCAGCGCCUCAUCACGCCCCUCUGCCUCCAGCGCAAGCGCGACCGCAAGCGCGUCAAGAUGGCCGCGAUCACCAAGGCCAAGGCCGAGGCCGUCGAGUACAACCGCGUCAAGACGAUGCGCAUGCAGGAGCAGAAGGACGCGCGCCGCUCGGCCAUCUCCAAGCGCCGCAGCUCCCGCAAGUCCAAGACCCAGGCCACGGAGGCGUAGGGCGGUUGUCGGAACCGCCCCUCGCUCGUGUCUCGCGUCCGAUCCCGCGGGUCCGAUCGCGCGCCGCCGGGCGCGCGCGCUAAGGGACCGCACA